GCAAGCGCGCUCUGGGACGCCGGCCUCGGCUCAGCGCAGCUGCCUGGACCCAGGCGAGACGCCACCUGACGCGCCCUGUCCGAGCGGGGGCGGACGCUGGCGUCUCGGGCACUUGGCCCAGAGCAUCCGUGCCGGCGUGGCCCGAGCUGGCACCUGGUAAGCGGCUGCAUCCCGGCGGCCUCUCCUUGGCCCGUCUGGGCGGUCAGAGGCGGGGCUGCCGCAUCCCUGACGGGCUGGCCGAGAGCCAGGCCCCGGGGAGGGGCCGCUCGCGGUUUUCGGCGAUUCCAGGACACCGCGAUUGCUGUUUAGGGACCGCUGCAGUCCCGGUCCACGUCGUAGACUCUUCAGUACACGUGGGAAUCGAGCUGCCAGGUGUCCACGACCAUGACGGUGAACCUUUUGGAGGACUGGUGCCGGGGGAUGGAGGUGGACAUCCACAGGUGCCUGUUGGUCACAGGCAUCCCGGAGGACUGUGGCCAAGUGGAAAUUGAGGAGACCUUGAAUGGGGUCCUCUCCCCGCUGGGCCCGUACUCUGUGCUCAACAAGAUUUUUUUGAGGGAAGAGAAUGCCAAAGCUGCCCUCAUUGAGGUGGGCGAGGGUGUGAAUCCGAGGGCCAUACCCCGGGAAUUCCCAGGAAGGGGGGGCAUCUGGAGAGUGGUCUGUAGGGACCCCACCCAGGAUGCUGAGUUUUUAAAAAACCUGAGUGAAUUCUUGGAUGCAGAGGGGCGCACCUGGGAGGAUGUGGUCCGCCUGCUUCAGCUCAACCAGUGCCCACCACCCCAGAACCAGAAUCAGCCCCCAGAGAACUGGGCAGAAGCUUUGGGGGUGCUUCUGGGGGCGGUGGUGCAAAUCAUCUUCUACAUGGAUGGCGAGAUCCGCAGCCGGGAGGAAGCUAGGGCUCAAGGGGUUGCUGAGGCCCAAGCAGUGGCAUCCUUGGCUUUGGCAACAGCGAGGAAGGUCAAGAAGGAGCCAGGGUGGGCUGCAGAGGUGGGCUCUGCCUUGAAGAUGGAGAACCUGGACGGCUGGAAUGACGUGGAAGAUGAGGGUGACCCUCUUGAACCUCUGGUUCAGAAGGCUGGAGCUAAGACUCGCCCCAGGAGAAAGAAGCAGAAAAAAACUCCCAAGCAGGAACCAGUGCCCUGGAAGAAAUCCAGAGGCAACCAUUCCCACAGCUCGGCCUUCUUGGAGGAUCUUGAAGCUGAUGAUGCUGAAAAUAUGGAGAUGUCAGAAUAUAUCAGGAGCAACAAAAAGCCCUGUGUGAAGCAGGAGGGGUCAGCUUUGAAGAAGGCCCUAGCGAAAUGUGCCUGGAAGUCUCCCAGCAACCCGCCCCACGAUGCCCAGGCAGAAGCUGCGAGCCCUGGAGUCGCCUCUGAGUCAGACCAAGAUGGUGGUCCAGAGGGCCCACCAAAGAAGAAGGCCAUGGGCUGGGCCUCGGCAAAGAGCCCUGCUCCCAUGAGGAAGAAAAAGAAGGUGAGCUUGGGCCCUGUCUCUUAUGUCCUUGUGGAUUCGGAAAACACCAGGAAGAAGCCAGAGAUUCCAAAGACAGGGCAAGGCUCGAGAAGGGAUGCAUUGUAUCAGGAGGCCCUUCGGAGCCCACAGCCCGCUGAGUCACCGGCCUCAACCUCCCAGGGUCCAAAGGCCAAGCCACAAGGCUCUCCUCAUGCCUCCAGUGGUGAGAAUGACAACAGAAGUCAUUUGGGUUGUGUCAACAAGUGGAUGAAGGGGGAGGAGCAACAGGGGCAGGUGGGGACAGAGGAACCCGAGGGGACAGAGGGUCAAAUGGUCGCUGAGGAGGACCCCAGUGCAGUGGAGGUAGUGAGUGACACACUAGUUGAGGUUUUAGAGGCUGAGAGCCCUGAUCCCCUUCCUAGGAGCCCCUGAAGGCCAACAUUGGGGACACCUGUGGGGACAGGAGUUGGCAGAGCAAACCCACUGACCUGUCUUUUGUUGGUGAGUGUCUCUG